UUGCAUUCUGGGAGUCGGAUGAUUGACACGCCGCCAUUUUGCUCCUCUCGCUGCGCUCCCAUUGUGUGAGAGAUGGUAAAUAUCUGACACCGCCACACUAGCGCUACUCACUUGGACCCUCUCGAAGAAAAAGGCGCUAAAUUAAGCCGCGGUGAUACUUUGUCGCAAUGGCUCGUACCAAGCAGACCGCCCGUAAGUCCACUGGAGGAAAGGCUCCUCGUAAGCAGCUGGCCACCAAGGCUGCCCGCAAGAGUGCCCCCUCUACUGGAGGGGUCAAGAAGCCCCAUCGUUACAGGCCCGGCACCGUGGCUCUGAGAGAGAUCCGUCGGUACCAGAAGUCCACCGAGCUGCUGAUCCGCAAGCUUCCUUUCCAGCGCCUGGUGAGGGAGAUUGCUCAGGACUUCAAGACUGACCUGCGUUUCCAGAGCGCCGCCAUUGGAGCCCUGCAGGAGGCGAGUGAGGCGUACCUGGUGGGUCUGUUUGAGGACACCAACCUGUGUGCCAUCCAUGCCAAGCGAGUCACCAUCAUGCCCAAAGACAUCCAGCUGGCACGCCGCAUUCGUGGGGAGCGCGCUUAGAAGGCCCUCCCCAAUGUUUCACCUCUGUCCUGUUUUUUCUUAACCUGUCCCCCCCUCUCCCUCCUUUAUUCAACACCUAUCCCAAUCAGCCUCUCCUCCCGCCUGCCCAGCUUGUCAGUAGACUUUAGAGUAAUCCUGAUUCUGAAGAGAUAGAAAUAUGUUGACGUCUGGUCUCCAGACUGGUCUUUUUUUGUCUUCACCAAAUGUUUUCUUAAGGUACCUUUUUGUGCAUGUAAGACGUUUUUCAGUUCGGAAGCACAUAUGCACACACACAACUUGUGCAUGAGUCACUGAGUUUGUAGGAGUCCAGUUGAUCCUGGGUGGGAGGCCAGCUGUGGUGGCCGAGGGGCUAGUCUGCUUAAGGGGAGCUGCAACUUCCACAGCAGGGUGCUAUUAAAGCUAGUCCUGAGGCCUCCGCCUCACUGCCGCCCUGCCCCCCUCCCUCCAAGCCCCAACUCACCCUGUAGCCAAACCGCCUCUUGCCCUCUGUAACCCGCACUGGGAAAGGAUGGCGUUCUGUUUGUGUGCAUGUGUGAGCUCUGAUCUUUCAAACCACUUGUACUUUUUUGGUUGCUUAAGAAUAUUCAUUGUGGAUAUGGUGUUUAUUUUUUGUAUGCAUAUAAUUCAUAGAUAAGCAUCCCUUCUCUUUACCACUUCCAAAAUCAUAAAAUUAAGAUAGAAAAAACAAUGAAUAUUGCCAACAUGGCUAUCUUUUUAAAAUGUUUUGCAGUAAUCUGAUCUACAGAAAAUCAUGAAGGGCUUCUCUAUUUUCAAAGGCAACUUCUAUUCUAAUGGCAGCCACAUGGGGGCAAUGUGUCCCCGCCCCCUGUAUUGGGUUCUCUGUAGAUGAGUCUUCACCCAUGAUGCUCCUGUCUCUCUAUCUUGGUGUCUACAGAUAGGCUUGUCACACGGUAUGAAUUGACAUAAUAGUGCAAGUUAUGCUCUGCAUGCUCUGGGUCUGUAUCUCUUGCUCUUUGUAGAUCUGAACCUAUAAUUUCUCCUUUUCUCAAAUUUGUGAUACACAAUAUAACCUCAUUUGUUUUCUUUUAUAUUUUUCUUAUUCCUCAAGAUUUUCAGACGUAUAAAUAAGCCAAUCUUUGUAUUUUCCAAAUUUCUCAUAUUAUGGUGGUAAUAAAUAGAUGUUAAAACAAAUCCGA